AUGGACACAACACGUCCUGCUCUUCGCAAAUUCAACGCCUUUCUGGACACGGCGAAGAUGCCGGAGGGCACGGCAGAAGGGAUUGCAACUUCCGGUUUUGUUCCCUUUGAGGAGGGCGACUGCAUCAUCAUGAGAGACGCGAACGGAGACGGCGCAGAGGAGUCUGAUGUACUUAUCAGCUGGCGUUUUGUUCCCUUUGAGGAGGGCGACUGCAUCAUCAUGAGAGACGCGAACGGAGACGGCGCAGAGGAGUCUGAUGUACUUAUCAGCUGGCGUACUCCGGAAGCGUGCUUUGACCCGGACGAUGUUGCGGAGCUAUGGGCGGUCCAGAAGGAGAUCCUUGGGCCGGAUGAGAAGCGCUCUCCAGAAAUGCCGAAAUGGAACGACUUCACACCUACCGGCGGGACAGCUUGGGAACGCAGCCCUCUAUGUGUACCUGUCGACAAUGCUAAGAGGUGCUCAACGCUGGCGUACUCCUACCAGGUUCCCCGUUCCCUUACUGCCCCCUCUCCUGGAGCGCGGGUAAAGGGCGGAAUUUUGGACCCGCAUCAAAUUGUCCGAAAACGUACCGUGGAGGUUGUGGCAAAGAUUGGAGUGCGCUCCAUCACUCUGAGUGCACCUGAAGAAGCGGCACGUCUCCGGCAGAGAGCAGAGGCCCUGAACUUUCCCCGAAUUGGAUCGAGAGACAAUUACUUCUUCUCGACUAUGCAACUCAAUCUAUCGCCUGCGAAAGAAUCCAAUGCGGUGCAAGCUUCGGAACAAUUCGCAGAGGAUCUAGGACACUUUGGCGGUAUCCAUGUUGACCCGCACGAUUCGCUCACAGCAUUCUCCCAACUACUGGCGUGUAGCGACCUUCGCGCGGACGAGGAUCCUGGCAUAUUUGUCCUUCUGACGCUUGGAUUCUACGGAAAGUACGCCUUGGCGAACUUUUCUGACAAGGUAACGCUGGCGUUGCCAAAAGAGGCGAUGGAUCCCUACUUUGACGGCCGCCCAUCUAAUGUUGUGCCGACUUCCAUAGCUGCGGACGGUCUUGUCCUGACCACCCCGGAGUCGCUCAUGAACUUCUUAGGGAGAUCUGUCGUACAGCUGGCUUCCAAACUCUUGCAGGAGGUCUCGCCUGACUUGCAGCCUGUUCUUGAUACCACUCAGAUGCUUCGGUCGAUCAGCUAUUUAAACCCGGCCUCUGGUGUGCGUACUGUCUUGGACGAUUGGGACCUCGCUCCUGGAAAGCAAGAACACUCUACAGAGUUUGGCUGUACCCGGAGUCAGAUUCCUGCACUCUGGGAUGAUGCUAUCCAGCGCAAGCUGCGCUUCUUUCCCGAGCUCGUAGACUCUGAAUACUGGGACCGAGCCAAUGCCCCAUCUUCAGGGGCAGAUGGUGGUCCCUUGGCGUCUCAGAAGGGCAAAGCGCGGGCUGUGACAGCUCAUCAUGGGAGUAAGAAGGGCAAAAAGCGUGGCAGAGAGAAUGACGACCUUACUGCACUAAAUACCAAGAGCCAUAUCCAAACCAUCCGGUCUAUGAAGUUCAACAACCCUUCCCUACCUCAGCCAUCUUCAUCGGGUGCUGGAGAGCGGCGUGGCAGCGUUCAUGAACCAAAGCGCUCGCGUCAUUCAAGGCGUCAUGGUCCAAGCUCUCAGUCAUCUAUUGAGAUACCACUGUCGAUCCAACGAGCAGCAGCACUGCAGGCAGUGGUGGAGCAGGCACAGUCUCUGCAAACGGUGCCGCAAGCGCAAUCCCAUAACCGCGCAGAUGAAUCAACAUCUAGCUUUGAAGAGGAUGAGUUGGGGGACGAUGAACUAGACGAUGAACCAGACGAUGAUGAGUACCACCCUACACAGCAGCGUAAACCACACCUUGCAAGGGGAAAACACCACAAAGCCCCAACGCUGCUGACAAGCCAUCAAUUUGCUAACCUUAUGGAACCUGUUGGGGAUGAUAUGGGUGAUGCAGAUGUGGAAACCAUGGUCAUCGAUAAUGAGCCAGAAACCGAUUUACCACAUGAAGCCAUGCAAGCUGUGACUAUGGCUGCACAGGCAAAGGCACCAGUCAAGCCUCACGAGCCAUUCCUGCUCAAUUUUGGGCUGCCCAAGCUCCAAGAAUUUCUUAGCAGCUUGAACCAGAGCAUCCUAAGCCUGGAUAAAGACCUCACCACACAUAUGGUCACUCAGUCGACUGCGCACCGCACCAUAUAUCAAGUGCUCCAUCACUCGGGCAAGCCAGUUCAAUAUACUGCAAGCUAUGGCGUCCAGCUUGAAUCUCUGUGGGGUGCGCUCAGCUUUCAGCAAGAGCGCAUCAAGUUCUUCAGUCUCCAGCUUUCGACUCUGCAAUGCGAGUUCAUGCUAGCCAUCACUGCAGCGUGGACAUGGCUCGAGAUCGACAUUCCAUCCUUGGCAUAUGGACUCCUAUAUGGAAAAGUCAAACCAACAGAGCAACAUCAGUGGAUCGCACAGUUGCUCAAGGAUAUCCGCCAGCAACUUGGUCACAAGACUAGGACUCCCUUGAGGUCGAGCGACUAUCUAGCACUCAGCGCACCAAAGGAGUACCAGCUCAAGUACCGCGGACGACUUCCUGGAGAGAAGAACGGAGCUUAUCUUGUCCUUGUCUCUCAGCUUCGCAACGUUCUCCAAGACUGGCUGAACUAUCCACAAAAUCAAGGACGCAUCCAGUCUGCCUUCAUCCGCGGGCUCCUAGAGAGCUUCCGCACCCCAGACGUUCUUCUCCUUCCAGGUGUCUUUGAGGGCUUCCAGCAAGUAAGGAAGACUGUGCUUCCUGGAACUGCGGUCCGCGGUUCGCGUCUCCAAGUCGCCAAUCUGACGCCAUUCACCAAUGACUUGCGCGCUCAUCCCCUCGCCAAGCUUGACUCUGAGGAGUCCAAAGUGAUGGCUAAGAUCUCGGAGCACCUGGAGAUUCUCCGCAACAUGUGGCGCUCUAUGGGUAGUGGUGUCUCUGGCGGUGUAUCCUGUGUCUUUGAGGGCUUCCAGCAAGUAAGGAAGACUGUGCUUCCUGGAACUGCGGUCCGCGGUUCGCGUCUCCAAGUCGCCAAUCUGACGCCAUUCACCAAUGACUUGCGCGCUCAUCCCCUCGCCAAGCUUGACUCUGAGGAGUCCAAAGUGAUGGCUAAGAUCUCGGAGCACCUGGAGAUUCUCCGCAACAUGUGGCGCUCUAUGGGUAGUGGUGUCUCUGGCGGUGUAUCCUUCUCCCCAGCCUAUCCACUAGACUCUGAGGAGUUUGAUCAUGCCAUGCAGUCCGCCGCUAAGCGCUUGACCAUCUUUCUCAAGGAGCUACUUCCUCUGCUCUCGCCUCCCCUUCCCUCUCCGCUUACGCCACUGCAGCAAAGGGUCAACGACAGCCUAGACUUUCUGCUCCCCUUCCGGCAGCAUGCCCCAGAGGUCCGCAAUGCCCUCAAACCUCACGGCUGCCUUCACCCCACCAAUAUCGACAAGGAGGGUGCGAUAGCAAGUCUUUGGUGCUGGCGGGGUAUCUUCUAUCGCACGCGCUUUUCCUCCGAGAACCCUGAGCGCCUUCUCUUCCCUUCCUUCGAGGCCUGGGACGCGCUGUACAAGGAGCUCUGUGCAGACUCCAACAUCUCCUCCUUCAAUCAGCACAAGGACCGGUACUUCUGCAACGCUCGGGCAUAUGGUCAGGCAACGACCCGCUCUACCAAGAAUGCCAAGACGUACUUCGACAACGAGCACCUUUGGCUGGCUCUGUUUGACGACCAGGAGCCCGGCUGGAAGAUGUCCUACAAAGACGCCUUCCUCUUCACGCAGCAAAAGGAUCGCACUAUCAAGAAGAUCUUGCCGCAGUUGGGGCCUCUGACUGGCAUGCUCAUCACCGCUGACCUGGUUUAUGCUGGCAAGGUAGCGAUGCCAUCUGCAGAGGAGAUGGGUAGCAUGGUUCACUUGCUGGAUAAAGACAGGAGUAGCUCUGAAGAUACCACGGUGACUGUCUUCAAACAACUCUAUGACCUUGUUUACCAGAGCCUUACAGACAUUGAGCGCACCACUAUGACCUAUGAUCCAAUUAUGUUUGAGCAUGCCUUAUGUAAAUACCAGCGCUGCAACGAUACUUAG